GGGGGGAAAAAACAGCAAAAGGGGUCUGAACAGAUUGUGCUGCAGCCUGAAGUCAUGGCAACAACAUGCAUCUCCUUCGUCCUAUGUCAGGAUGACUGAGGACGAUUAGCAUACUUUGCACCUGUCCUUGCAAUAUGCAUUCAGAAGUGAGAAUUUCUGGCUAAGAGGUGUAACUGAUCCAUAUCAUUAUCUUCAACAUCAGAUAUUCUGUAACUCUAAUGGCAGGUCACAUGGCUUAGGACUUCCUUCAUAAUAUAUCCCAGCCGGACUAAUCAAACUUUCCAGAAAUAGUAUAAAGAUUAGAGCCGCAGACUGAAGAUUAAGAACGUCAUCUGAAUCAUGGGGAACAUUUUUGGGAAUUUGCUGAAGAGCCUCAUAGGAAAGAAGGAGAUGAGGAUUUUGAUGGUCGGGCUCGAUGCCGCAGGAAAAACCACAAUUCUCUACAAGCUCAAACUGGGGGAAAUUGUCACCACAAUUCCAACAAUUGGGUUUAACGUGGAGACAGUGGAGUAUAAGAACAUCAGCUUCACCGUGUGGGACGUGGGUGGGCAGGACAAGAUCCGCCCACUAUGGAGACACUACUUUCAAAACACACAGGGUCUAAUUUUCGUGGUGGACAGUAAUGACAGAGAGCGCGUGAACGAAGCACGAGAGGAGCUGAUGAGGAUGCUGGCUGAGGACGAAUUGAGAGAUGCAGUCCUUCUUGUGUUUGCAAAUAAACAGGACUUGCCCAAUGCCAUGAACGCUGCAGAGAUCACGGACAAGUUGGGCUUACACUCCCUUCGCCAUCGUAACUGGUACAUCCAGGCCACCUGUGCCACCAGUGGCGACGGCCUCUAUGAGGGGUUGGAUUGGCUGGCCAAUCAACUAAAGAACAAGAAAUGAGAAGGAAAACUGGAACAAGCAGCCACAACAUGUCCAAGGUUUUGUUUGAUUUUGGGAAAUGGGAAGGGAGUUUGGUACAAGGGUUUUGAUUGAUGGAGGAAAUGUAAGAUUCUGGAUGGGGGGGGGCUUUUAUUUUCAGUCAGCUGAGGUUCCUAAUAAUCUUCUGCUUAUUGUAAACAUAUCUACUUCAUAUUUAACUACUCACACGAACAAAAUGAAAUGCACAUUAGCUGUAAGCAAUCACAGCAGACACUUGCUUUUCCAGUGUCCACCUCUUGUCCUUAGAUUAAAUGUACUGUAUGUUAGUCUCUAUGUGCUGUACCAAGUCUUAUUUGACUCCACAGAGUCAGCAGUGAGUCAAGUAAGACCUGUCGUUGAUGUUUGUUUUUCACGUGUCAGUCGUCCAUGUAAAGAACAUUUCUGUGUCAGUUGCACUUUCUGUUUGUUUGUUUGUAUUUUUCCUUUCUUUCGGGCUAACAGAGCUAUGUUCGAGAACAAUCGCAGCUGGCGGAUUCUCGUCAACUCACAGGUUUUCUCGUCCUUUUUUUUUGUACGUGAUACUGAGGCACUUGGAUACUCAGAUAAACUGUGUACAUAUGUGUGAGAGUGUUUGCGUACUGUGUGUUUGUGCAACUAAACUAGUCUCGAUGAAUCAUUAACAACUCUGUAACAGGACUGGAAUUUCCCUCACAUCAAAUCUUCUACUUGCGGCCUUUCUUUGAAAAUCUUUGGAUUUCUAUUUGUAAGUGAUGCACCGAUGCAUAUCGCCUGAUAUGGGCCCCGUUGACAAACAUUGGCUGGUUGGUAAAUAAUGUGGCAUGAACCGACGUCAUUAGGCAAUGUUCAUCUGUUGUGUCGUAUCAUUGUAAUUCUGGCAAGCUAGUAUAUGUUACUGCUGUUUCAGAGAAGAGGUUUUAUAUUUGGCAGAAGAAGUUACCUGGUGGACAAACUCUGAUCUGCUUUCAUGGUCAAACAUGAGAGAAAAUGUCGGCAGUGUGGCAGCCUUACACCAAAGGAAGUCAUGAAAAAACAUUUGAAUCGGCAAUUGGCCGAAUUGUUAUUUUAAACAUCAGUAUCGGCACUGAUUUUCACAAUCGGUGUGUCCACUUUUUUGGACAUCCUGCUCAGUAUCAACUACUGCACUGCAUGCAUCCUGCUAGAUCUAGCUGACAUUGUUGCUUAUUAUCCGCCCAUGCAUUGAUGUUGAUGCUGGUUGUAGAUUUUAUUUUAAUGCCCUUGUCAUUUUCUGAUGCAAAAUCUAACCCUAGCAACCAAUUUCUGAAUUAUUAGUCAAUACAAACACAACAUAGUCAUCUUUAUGGUUUAAAUAUUCAAACAGAUCUAUAGAUAUUCUCAGCACACAUAUCCUGCACAUCCUCAAUCAUGCUGCUCUCACUUGUCGUGUUUUUGUCUUCCGACUUUCUGCUUGUGGAUGAUUCUGUAGCUGGAAACUGUGUCACUGAAUGUGAAUAUUGUUCAUUUGAUCUUUAUUUCAAUGGUGUGUCAACAUAAUUAUGUAAAAGAAAGCAGGUUCAAAUAUCAGCACACGCACAUCUCACUUCUAAAUCCCUGAGUCACCACUGAUACCAGCAGAAUCCACGCACUCCUGUCAGUACAACCAUUUCUUUGUGCCAUACAUGAGUACUAAUACUGAUAAACUGUUACAGUACACUUUACAGUAAUCACACUCCUCGAAGUUAUAAACACAUUGUUUAUAAUCAGUAUAUAUUGUGUGUUUAAUCAUGAGUUUGGUGUUUCUGGUUUGUGGCCUUAUUAUAUUUAGUGAUGACUUUAAUGUAAUGAACAAAAAAAAAUCUGAAUGGGCGAUCGGUUUUAUGAUUAUGAGUCCGAUUUAUUGCUCUUUAAAGAAUGAUUUACAGAUGGAUUCCUUUACGCCCUCAAGAGGCUGGGUUUGAACCACUGUUCAUUAUGGUUAGGCAAAGGUUUUGUCCUUUUGUUGGGCCAGUAUACUUGAUUCAUAGUUGGUGGUAGAUUUCUUUAUUUUUAUUUGAAGAUGUAGACUGUGUCUGUGAAACAAUGAUCAACCGUGUGAAGAAAAACAACACAAAUAAGAAAUACUUCUGAUGAGUCAUUCUGUACCGUUGUAGUUACACAAGGUUUAAAAAAAAAAAAAAAAAGGAGGACCGUGUUUCCGUGCUGAACGCAAGGAGACUUCUGUAUGUGAUGUAAGACAACAAACAAAAUCCUGCUGUAUUGCAAAUAAACUCAUUUUCUGUA